AUGCCCAGACCAGCGGCGAAACGAGCCCGAGUCACUCGCAACGAUCAACCUGCUGCACAACCUGCCAAAACAAAUGCGACGAGGGGAAGACCUAAGCGAAAGGUGCCUGGAGAACAACUCAAAAGGCCUGCCACGAGCGCGAAACCGGCGUCAAAAUCUAAGCUCAACUCUAGCAAAGAUGCUGAUAAUUCCGAUGUGGAGGGGCAAAGCGACGAAAUACAAGAUCAAAGCUCAGAGAUGAUACGGAAUGAACGGGCACGAGAGGCAUUCGGUAGCCAAACACCCGUCAGAGACCGCCAGCAGGUAGAUGCACCUUUAUCUGGUGGUGUUAGUAUGGGAGCAUCUUUAAGGCUGCAAGGAUUCCCAGGUAGCGCAAGAAGGGAUACGAUUCAAAGAGGGCACACGCCUGCCUUUGAAAGCUCUAUAUUAAGCGCAUUUCGCCCGCGUCCUAGGCAGCCGAGUAUAUUACAGCUUGUGGGGGAUGACUCCUUGGAUCUUGGAUCGUCUGAGUUGGGCUCUGAUGAUCUGUUAGGUAGCUUUGAUCCAGAGGACGUAUCUACACCACUUCCAGCAAAGAGGAGAAAGUCCCUAAACCAGGCUGAUAUUACUCCCACAGCAGCAAAGAAGACACCAAAAUUACCACAGGUGUUUGUUGAGAUACCUGUUCGACAUGAUCUUAUUUCGGAUAACAGAAUUCCGGAUGAGCCGUCUGCCCUUGCGCAGGAUUUGGAUGAACCGCCGUUUGCUGAUGACGUGCUGGAAGAGCGAGAUGUUAUAGAUGAACAUCAAGAACAGGAAACUGCUGUUGAUGAAGUCCGGCCUGAGAUACCUGUGGCUGUAGAGGGAGACGAGGACAACGAUGAUCGUUCAUCACUUACCUCUGUGGACUCUCUACCCUCCAUGAAUUUCGCCAUAGCGAAAACACCGCAGCGCAGACGACAAACAGCAGUUAUGGCACCUCCAGAAAGUAGUAUAGGGACCAUAACACCUCCUGCUUCAACUCCAGAGAGCUUUGCAACCCAGAAACCGGGACUUCGGCCUUCGAAACUUACCCAUAUGUCUACGACCUCAUUGCAAGAUGCCUUACUUCCGCGACGACGUAAAGGCCUGGCCACUAAUAGGAGCAAGCGUUCUCGCGCUGGAGCUAAGAAUUAUGUGCUUUCUGCUCCAAGCUCAGAAGAUGAGCUCAAUUAUACUGGAGGGCAACAAGACGGCACAGCUACAAGCCGGCAAAAGACAAAGCGAGCACAGCACCAAACCGGGUUCAAACUGCGAGAAAAAGCUCAGAACACACCACAGCCGAAGAAAGGGCGUGGUAAAGCUGCUACUGUAACAUCUCAACCAAGGAAGAGUACAACGCCGAAGAAGACCUACUCCCGCCUCAGCAAGGGCGGUGAUGCAGACUGGGACAAGGAGAACCAGACCGAAGAGGAGGCUGAGAUCUCUUCGGAGAGAGAGAUAGUAGCUCCCGUCAUGAGCGAAGAGCUGCUGCUUCAGAAGAAGAAGUUUGCCGAGAUUGACGAGUGGUCCAUCGAUUUUGAAGAGGUCCUCGACGAUGACGGCGAGCUGUACUAG